UACACACACACUCACACACACUUCUGAGCUGCUCCUCAAGCACUCCUCUCCACGCACUCAGUAAGGAUUACCCUGGAAAAUACUCAUCACUGAGGUACUUUUCUCCCUCCUGCGCGAAGCCCCUCCUGACGCUCGGAGCACAGAUGGGUCUGAACUGCUUCACUCUUCUUCUGGUGCUCUGCUCACUCCACACGCCGCUGGCGUCCGCCACCUCCGAGGACGAAUACAAGGACCACCCGAACUACCAGGGCGAGCCGCAGUCCACCAGGAUGAUCAGGCAGGCGCAGUACGAAUGUUUCCAGAGGAUCAUCAAGGAGUCGCAUCGCAAAACAAGACCAAACGGGACUGCAGGGCCGGCGUGCAACGCGACGUGGGACGGGUGGCUGUGCUGGGACGAAAGCGAAGCCGGGCUGACUGAGCAGAGCUGUCCAGACUACUACCACGACUUCGACACCCUCGCCAUGGCGUCCAAGGUCUGCACAGAGACGGGCGAGUGGGGACGCCACCCGGAGAGCAACAGGACCUGGACCAACUUCACCAACUGCAGAGCCAACGUGACGCAGGGGACGGCGGCCAUGACGCACUUCUACCUGGUGAUGAUCGGCCACGGGCUGUCGCUGGUGUCCCUGCUCAUAUCGCUGGGAAUAUUCUUCCAUUUCAAGAGCCUGAGCUGCCAGAGGAUCACGCUCCACAAAAACCUCUUCCUGUCGUUCGUGCUGAACUCCAUCAUCACGGUGGUGUGGCUGACGACGGUGGCCACGAAGCAGGGCCACUCGUACAACGACUCGGGGAGCUGCAAGCUGGUCAUGUUCGUGCACCUCUACCUGCUGAGCUGUAACUACUUCUGGAUGCUCUGCGAGGGCAUCUACCUGCACACGCUCAUCGUGGUGGCCGUCUUCGCAGAGAAGCAGCAUCUGGUGUGGUAUUACCUGCUGGGCUGGGGUUUCCCACUGGUUCCCGCGGUGAUACACUCGAUAGCUCGCCACUUCUACUACAACGACAGGUGCUGGGUCAGCUCCAACACCUCCCUGCUCUACAUCAUCCACGGGCCCAUCUGUGCUGCGCUGGUGGUGAACCUCUUCUUCCUGCUGAACAUCGUCCGGGUUCUCAUCACCAAGCUGCGGGUUACCCAUCAGGCCGAGUCCAGCCUGUACAUGCGGGCGGUGCGGGCCACCCUCAUCCUCAUCCCUCUGCUGGGCAUCCAGUUCGUCCUGCUGCCCUACAAGCCCCACGACCACUGGGUGUCUGAGAUCUACCUGUACAUCAUGAACAUCCUCAUGCACUACCAGGGCCUCCUGGUUUCUACAAUAUUCUGCUUCUUCAAUGGAGAGGUGCAGACUGUUCUCCGGAGACACUGGAACCUCCAGCGGAUGCAGUUCGCCGGCACCUUCGCCAACGCCGACUUCUUCCGCUCGGCGUCCUACGUGGCGUCGUCGCUCACCGAGGUGCACCGCUGCUACAGCAUUGAGAGCCACACCGAGCACAUGAACGGGAAGAGCUACUCGGACAUUUUCCGCUCGGACAGCCCCUUCGUGUGAAGGCCAACUGUCCACGGACCGAAUGCCAACUUUUUCCCUAUAUUCUGCCCAAACUUCCCAGUCCAACUGCCUGAGGACCCGACUGUGGAUUAAACCCCAAGAGUCUGCUGCUGGGAUGCUGCCCUGUGAAGACGCCAGGGCAGCUCAGAACUGGGCGGUCAAUGGUUUGUGAGUUUGGAGGAAACGGGAGAGCGUGAGGAGAUGGUUUAACACGCGAACAGUAAAUCUCCCUCGGUCUCUUGUUGCUCCUCCUGAAGAGAAACUCUGGAAACAUGAAGAACCUGUCUGGAUUUCCACUGUUUAAGGCCCUCUUAGAAUUUGUUUGACUUAAAAAAAAAGGCUAGCUUCGGCGCUAACAAUGCAGCAGUUUCACAUAUAUGUGCGUUUAUUUGCGAGGUUAGCAGUGAUUCUGCCUGAGAAUCGUAUUGACUGGGGAAACGUCCACCGUGGAGGCAGUGUGUGUCUGAACGCCCUUUUCAGUGCGUUCGUAAUAUCCUCGAUUAAUCAAGGUCUUGCUCGGUUAAAUAGAAACGGAACGGUUGAUGAAAAGAAAAAAAAAAAAAAUCAAAUAACUUUGCAUGACCUGUUUUGACACUCCACAUAACCACCCAACGAUCUUUGCGAAACGCUGUGUUCUCAGUGAAAGGUAUGAGUGGCAGGGAAAGAGCUGAACUCUUCUCUAUUUAUGUUAGAAAUAUAACAUAUGUAAAAGGUAUUUAUGUUAUAUUUCCUGUUUACUAAGUUAAAGGAAAAAGAAAUGAGUGGACGUUCAGUGGUUUUACACUUCAUAUCUGAUUAAUUCUAAAUGCUGGAAAGUGUUUGUACAUAUUUAGAGUAGUUAGUACUUUUUUUUAGAACUUCUCGGCUGGUUAAAGCUUUAAAAAAUAAAGGGAAUAAUGUCAUUUUAUUGCUUUUUUCACUUGAAUUGAGAUGUCUCACGUUACAUUAAUUAUCACCAUGGCCUGAUCUCAAUUUGUCUUUAAUGUUACUGCAUAUGGAGACAAAUAUUGCCCCCCUUGUUGGAGGUGAAGUGGAGGUUUUCCUGUCGCGACUGAAGAGCUGCUGGUUUCGGCCUUCAGAGACACGAAUCCCAGAGAGUUUUUAUUCAUUCUCGACCUAAACGCGGUUCACACCAGCUCAGUGAAAGAAGAAAGGAGUGAGUUUGAGUUAAAGAAUGAUGUCGUUUCGUCAGCAUUUGGGUUGCAUAGUUCUGUGAAUAGAUCCCCACUGUGCUGUAAAUAAAAA